UUCCGUUCCGCUAUUUCGAUUUCAACUCCACCUGUGACUGUACCUUAAAGGGACAAAUCUACCGUUGCAUGUAAACAACAAUGGCGACUAUUACGUCGGCGAGAGUAGAGGAAUUAAUCAGUUAUUUUAAGACGCACAAUAAAAUUCGCGAGCAGCAGAGCCACUCGGCGAAAGUUCAUAGUGUAGGAUGGAGUUGCGACGGCAAGUUCCUAGCUUCAGGUUCCUUCGACAAGUCCGUUUGUAUAUUUUCGCUGGGUCCUGACCGUUUGAAGCAAGAGACAACUUUCAGAGGACAUGGUGGUAGUGUGGAUCAACUUUGCUGGCACGCGUUUUAUCCAGAAUUAUUAUCCACAGCAAGUGGAGAUAAGACAGUCCGUAUUUGGGACACAAGGACACAGAAAUGUACAGCAAAUAUUGGCACUAGAGGAGAGAACAUCAACAUAUCUUGGUCGCCAGAUGGUAAUACUAUCGCGGUGGGAAACAAGGAAGACUUGGUCACCUUUAUCGAUGCUAGAGUAAUGAAGAUACGUGCUGAAGAACAGUUCAACUUUGAGGUGAACGAGAUCUCAUGGAACAAGGACUCGGAUACUUUCUAUCUAACAAAUGGCCAGGGCUGUGUCCAUAUACUCAGCUACCCAGAAUUGAAAUUGUUACAUGUAAUCAAAGCACAUCCGGGUACGUGCAUUUGUAUCGAGUUUGACCCGACCGGCCGGUACUUUGCUACAGGAUCCGCAGAUGCAUUGGUUUCGCUAUGGGACGCUGACGAAUUGUGUUGCUUGAGAACGUUUUCAAGGCUGGAAUGGCCAGUUCGGACCAUUUCCUUUUCAUAUGACGGCCAGUUAUUGGCGGCUGCAUCCGAAGACUUGGUUAUCGACAUCGGUGAGGUGGAGACUGGUGAAAAGAUUGCCGACAUUACGGUGGAAGCGGCAACCUUUACUGUCGCCUGGCAUCCAAAGCAGUACCUCUUGGCUUACGCGUGCGAUGACAAAGACACAUAUGACAGAAAACGCGAUGCUGGCAGUUUAAAAGUGUUCGGUUUUGCUAACGAGUGAGAAGUCAGACUGUGUGGCGUUUCUCACAUCGGUCACUC